GUUGCUGCUCGAGUGGGUGCUCUUAGGUACACAAAGAGAGAUGAUGUAUGUGUUUUGUGUCAUAGGGAGAAAGUACAAAAAAUGUGGUUCCCAUUCACGGAUUGAAACUUGUUCUCAUUCCCAUGGAUUCUGCUCACAAUUACACUCGCAGCUAUCAUUAAACACCAGUUCAAAAUAACUUGUGAGUGGUGGUGUUGUGGUUCUGGAGCGAAUCGACGGGGUACUAACAGAGGAUCCAUGCUUAGGAAUAAUGAAAUUUCCCGCUUUUCUCUUAAUCUCAGCACUCUUAUCAGGAAGAUUCUGUGCAGCUCUGGAACGGACAGGGAAUGGCCUGUUGUCGAGUGGUGGGGCUCACGACGAGGCUCAUGACGAAGGUCGAGAAGAUGCCAAUGGACAGAGUGAGGUUACCAGCGAGGAGAAGCCAAAGACUCAGCUCGCUGCGGUGUGUGGGAACGCGGUAUACCAUGUCCAAUCUCAAGGCGAUAUGGACUUUAUAUCCGAGCAGUGUAGCCAUAUCACUGGAUCCAUUAUUGUUGAUGGUGAGUACUCAGAUCCUGUUCUUGAUACUGGAGAGCUUCAGAACAUAGGUGGCAGCCUUGAAGUUCACAGGAUACCGGGAUUGGUUCGAAUGGACUUGCCAAAUGUGGCAGUGAUAGAUGGGACCUUUGGCUUGAAAGAAUUGACAUCGUUGACUUCCAUAAAUGCUCCCACUUUAAACAAGGUUGGUGUUAUCGAUUGGAAAGUGCUUCCGAUAUUGAGCACCGUUAAUUUUGACUCUGGGUUGUUCGACAUUAACAGCAUCACCAUAUCCGAUACCUCCCUCAUUGGGUUCUCGGGCUUUGCUGUCGAGAGCUUGGAUACUUUGAACAUCAACAACAAUCGGUUUAUGGAUACCAUCAGCUGUAACUUGAAAGGUGUAACGCGCAGAUUAAGCGUCAGUGCGAAUGCUAGAAACGCUGCUGUGUCAUUUCCUAAUUUGGAGUACGCCAAUAACAUCACAGUGAGAGAUGUUGCAUCCUUAAACGUGCAAAAUAUUGAGCACGUUAAUGCCUCGAUGGAGUUGAUCAAUAACGACUUCCAAACAGUGAAACUUCCAAAGUUGAAACACAUUGGUGGCACGUUAUCACUCAUUGAAAACCACAACUUGAGAGAUCCAGACUUCCCAGCGGUUGAAGAUGUUGGCGGUGGGUUGAUGGUCAUCAACAAUACAAACGUCAAUAAGAUCAGCUUCCUUCCAAAGUUACAGAGCGUUGGCGGAGCUAUCGAAUUCGUUGGUGAUUUCAAAGAGACAUCGUUUGGCCGGUUGAAUUUGGUUCGUGGCUCAGCCAUUAUCAAAAGCUCAUACGAAGACUUCGACUGCUCCCGCUGGAUUAGAGGUGGCGAUCAAAACGGCACCCAGGCCUCUAUCAUCAGAGGUGGUAAGAUUAUAUGCACCAGUGCUGGAAAACAGCAGGUUGUAAAGUACGACACUGAUGGAGCCAUUGUGGAUGAAGAGAUCUCGUACAUUGACGAUUCUGAAACACAGGAUGGCAGAGUCGGAGAGAAUGGAGCCAUAAGGGCCACCAGGGGAGGCCACGUGUCCUUCAUCUCAUUUGCAUUGGUGAUGGCUAUCGUUCUCGUCAGCUUUUGAUGCCAUGAGCCAAAGCCUUGGAUGUGUGAGUUUCCAACUAACGACCGGCACAACAUCCCUCUCUCAUCGUGUAAUCUCACCCAGAGAAGCCCAGCCUCCACGAGUCCAUCGUUCAGCACUCCAUUGAAACUAUCCAGAAGUAAUAAAC